UUCUGUAAAUAAUCACAGAUAUGGGGUCAAAUAUGUAAACCCUUCCAAAUCUUGCGAUUUCAUCUAAACAGCGAAGAAUCUGAGCUGAUUCAGCGCAGAAUCAAAGCUAUGAUUGUCUGCCUCGCCGUCGUCGGCCACGAGAAUAAUCCGUUAUACAUACAAAGUUUUACUGAAUCAGAUGAUUCACUCAAGCUUCAUCAUAUAGUCCAUUGUUCUCUCGACGUCAUCGAUGAAAGAGUGAACAACCCCAAAAAGUCAAGCCCCACAAUAAAUGAGGCAUUCCUCGGUUUGUUAUAUCCAACUGAAAACUUCAAAGUAUAUGGUUACUUGACCAAUACUAAGGUGAAGUUCAUAUUGGUGACGACAGAUCUUGAUGUACGAGAUGCAGAUGUGAGAAAUUUUUUCAGGAAGUUCCAUGCUGCCUACGUUGAUGCGGUCUCAAACCCGUUUCACAUUCCUGGUAAAAAGAUCACAUCCAAAACCUUCAGGGAGCGAGUUAGCUCAAUUGUCAAGUCCUUCGGAUUGAGUUCAGCUAGCUGAAUAUUGAUGAGCAGUGAUGCACGUCCUCGUCCCAAAACUACAAUGCUACUCCAUAUUCAUGUGUUCAAUUAUGUUUCUCUGCCAGAACUUUUAUCACCCAUUUUUGUGGAUAGAACACUUCAGUUGUGGAUGUAAUGUUUAGACAGUGAUUGAUCCACUUUCCUGAAUAGCAAUGUUGUAAUUUGUAAACGCAUUAUGCCCGAUAUUCGCUGCUGUAUUCGAUCUUUUGCUCGUAUUGAGGCUGUUUCUAAUGUUA